AUGUAAAAUAAUAAUUUUAGAAGGCCUUAUUUUUCUGUGCAUAACAUCUCAUAAACAUCUGGAUUAACAAGAAAGGCUAGAUUAGUAAUAAAAAAAAAUAACAUUAAACUAAAGAAUAUUAUUGUAGCUAAAUUAGAAAGAAGCCUAAGUGCUCCUCAUAAUAUGAAAUUUUUUGGGAAGAUAUUUAUACCUCCACAAAUGUUCAGAAGUCAAUAAUAAUAGCAUAGUAUAAAAGAAUCUUAAUCACCAACAAGAUUAUCGAAAAUAAGAACUGGGAGAAAUACACUAAAAUUAUCAGAACAUGUUUCUAAUGAACCAAGCCCAUCAGUGAUUUUUAAUAAUUAAAAAGAUGAAGAUUAAGUAAAAGAAGUAUAGAAAAGAAAAAGUUGUGAUUGUUCUGAAUGUGGUAAGUAAUCCGUAUUCUAAAAGGAAACAAUGAAUUAUGGUGUUUAAAUUAAUUAAUUAAAGAGAGAGCAAGAGUCUGCUAUUAACAAAUUUAAAAGAUCAAUACGAAAACAAUAAACUUUAUUAUUCCCUUAAUAUCUCAAUUCCCCAAAAAAUAGUACUAGCAACGAAAAUAUAAUAGAAGAAAUAUAAAUUCUUAGAGAUGAUAUAAUGAUAAAAUCGUUUGUUCACAGACCAACCUUAAGUAGUUUAGUCUUUGAGGAGUAAGUAUCUGUGAAUAAACAAUCUCCUAUUAAUUCAUAGAGUAGAAUUAAGCUUAGCUAUUUUGAAUCCUUUUUAAUGAAACAAUAGAAAAUAAUGUCUUACGAAAGAUAAAAGUUCUUUAGAUAGACAGGAAUAUUUGAAUCUCUACAUAAAAAAAGCAAUUUUUCUAAUAAAAAUACUUAAAUGCAUACACCAAUGGUAUUAACUCCAAGAUCUCCAGCUUCAUCAAUCAUUACAGGAUUUCCGUCUUAAUCUCCUGUGAAAAAAAAGAAUUAAAUUAAUGUUUAUUUAUAGCCUCAAAAAUCAAAAUUCUUUAUAAACUAAAAUAGAAUUACAACUCUUCCUGAGGUACAUUAAUGA